AUGACCGUCGACGAUUUUGUUUCUCGCUCUCACAUCCUCCACCGAUCCUUCUCCGACAGCCCAGCCAAGAUCAUAGCCGGGGAUGGCAUUAACCUGAUCCUUGAAGAUGGCUCCAGAGUGAUCGAUGCAAGCUGUGGCGCCUCUGUUUCCUCCCUGGGUCACACCCAGCCGGAGAUCACAGAAGCAAUCACGUCUCACCUGCACAACGACAUCGCAUACGUCUACUCGGGUUCUCCGUUUACUCAAACCAUCAUGAGUGGUUCGCUUAAAGCGAUCUUCGUCAACUCUGGCAGCGAAGCCACCGAUGCAGCUCUCAAGCUUGCCGUCCAGUAUUGGCACGAGAGAGGACAGCCCCAGCGGACGCACUUCAUUGCCCGGAAACAAAGCUAUCAUGGAAAUACCAUCGGGGCGCUAUGCGUGUCGGGCCACGAGUCCCGACGAGCCUUCUAUAAGGAUUUCAUGUCGUCGAACGUCUCGUUCGUGGACCCUUGCUAUGCCUAUCGCAUGAAGGGCGAGCACGAGUCUGAUCAGUCGUUUGUGGUUCGUCUGGCUCGUCAAUUCGAGGAUGAGGUCCUUCGCGUCGGGCCUGGUCGGGUUGCUGGCUUCAUUGCUGAGACGGUCAGUGGUACCAUGCUUGGCUGUCUGCCAGCUGUCCCUGGGUAUUUUAAAGCAAUCCGAGAGGUCUGUGAUCGCUACGAGAUUCUGCUGAUUCUAGAUGAGUUCUGGAUCAUUUGCGGAAUGGGUAAAACCGGCACCAUGCAUGCGUGGGAGCAAGAAGAUAUUCGCGGUCCUGACAUCCAGACCAUUGGCAAGGCUCUCAGAGCAGGUUUUGUCCCUUUGUCUGGGGUACUGCUCCACGAGAAGAUCUUCGAUGCUCCGUCGGCCGGAUCAGGAGGGUUAGCACAUGGCCACACCUUUCAAGCUCAUCCCCUCGCCUGCGCAGCCGCGGUUGCAGCCCAGAAGAUAAUCGCCCACGAUAACCUCAUCGGCCGAGUAAAUAUCAAGGGACAGAAACUUGCAGCCCUGCUGCGCACAGAGAUCGGCCCCCUUCCGUUAAUAGUAGACAUCCGAGGCCGGGGGUUAUUCUGGGCGGUUGAAUUCGUUCUGAACAAGGACCUCAAGACGCGGUUCCCCGUUGAAGCGAGCCUUUGCUCGCAGGUGGUGAAGAAUAGUCUGAAGAUGGGGUUGAAUAUCCUUGGGAAUCUGGGCCAUACUGGUCAAUAUCAGGUGGAUCAUAUCUUGGUCUGUCCGCCCUAUACGGUUGGGGAUGGGGAGCUGGAGGAGAUUGUGGCGAUUCUUAAAGCUGCUAUCAUCGAGACGGGUCAGCCUUUUGUUGAGAGUCAUCGGACAGCGAAGACAGCAAACAUGCUGUAG